AUGUCUUUAAAUGUGCAAUGUGUUGCGCCUAACGGUCGCAAGUGGACUCAGCCUACAGGUCUGUUUAUUAACAACCAGUGGGUGAAGUCGUCGGAUGGCGCUAAGAUUGCCAGUAUCAACCCUGCAACUGCGAAGGAGAUCACCUCUGUUUACGCCGGUACAGAAAAAGAUGUCGAUACCGCCGUUAAGGCCGCGCGCGCCGCUCUGAAUGAUCCCAGCUGGCGAGACUUGUCCGGUCUCGACCGUGGCAAGAUGAUGAAUCGUCUCGCUCAGCUGAUCGAAGACAACAAGGAGACUCUGGCCGUGAUCGAGACCUGCGAUAAUGGAAAACCAUACCUCGUAUCGCUGAACGAUGAUAUGACCGAGACCGCCGAGACUAUCCGCUACUACAGUGGUUUCGCCGACAAGAUCUUCGGACAGGUUAUCGAUACCACCACCGACAAGUUCGCCUAUACCGUGCGCCAGCCCGUGGGUGUUUGCGGUCAGAUCAUUCCAUGGAACUUCCCCCUCUCCAUGGCUGCUUGGAAGCUUGGCCCUGCCCUCGCCUGCGGUAACGCCGUGGUCCUGAAGCCUGCCGAGCAAACCCCUCUCUCGAUCCUUUUCCUCGCCAACCUGAUCAAGGAAGCCGGCUUCCCUCCUGGUGUCGUGAACAUUGUCAACGGCCACGGUGCCGUUGCUGGUGCCGCUCUCGCAUCCCAUAUGGACGUGGACAAGAUCGCCUUCACAGGCAGCACAGCUACAGCUAAACAAAUCAUGAAGAUGGCCAGCGUCAACCUGAAGAACAUUACACUUGAGACAGGCGGAAAGAGCCCUCUCAUUGUUUUCGAUGACGCUGAUCUCGAACAAGCUGUCGAAUGGGCUCAUAUCGGUAUUAUGUACAACCAGGGUCAAAUCUGUACUGCUACCUCCCGUAUUCUGGUCCACGAUAAGAUCUACGACCGCUUCAUUGAAGCUUUCAAAGCCCAGAUUAAGAAUGUUUCUAAGGUCGGCGAUCCAUUUGAUGAGGAGACUUUCCAGGGUCCCCAGGUGACUCAGGCACAAUACGAGCGUAUCUUGUCUUAUGUUGAUGUCGGAAAAUCUGAGAAGGCUACCCUUACCUGUGGUGGUAAGCCAUUCAAGGGCGUUGGCGAUGGCAAGGGUUUCUUCAUUGAGCCUACUGUUUUCACUGAUGUAUCUCCUAAGAUGCGCAUCUAUCAGGAAGAGGUCUUCGGUCCCUUUGCUGUUAUUGCUCGCUUCAAGACUGAAGAGGAAGCAGUGCAGAUGGCCAAUGAUUCUGAGUAUGGUCUAGGUAGUGCUCUUUUCACUACUAAUCUUACUCGUGCUCACCGUGUUGCGAAGAGGAUUGAGGCCGGUAUGGUCUGGAUCAACUCUAGCAAUGACAGUGAUUGGCGUAUUCCUUUCGGUGGAGUUAAGCAGAGUGGUAUCGGUCGGGAACUGGGAGAGGCUGGAUUGGAUGCCUACUCCAGUGUCAAGGCUGUGCAUGUUAACAUGAAGUCCAAGUUGUAA